AUCCCUACUUAUACUUAUACUACAAUUGAUAAAAAGAGGGUUUAAUUUGUGUGCGUAUAAUUCUCGCAUCAGUACUCUAAGCUUGAGAGGCAUGCGAAGAACAUGCUAAUUGCUGGUCCUGUUCUGUGGCUGCUUGGAUCGAUCCACAACUCGUGCCAAAUCUACGAGAGGGCAGACGGGCAUGUCCAAAUACUUCAACAAUGUGUGUAUAUCCCAUUUCUGAUUGGGAGUGUGUUGUUCACAGUAGCUGCAAUUCUCAACAGCCGGGAGCAACAUAGACUGUCCCUUCAUGGCCUACAGAUACUGGGUAGAACUUGGGUGUGGCUGGGGACGGGAGGAAGCCUGUUGUUGCUGAUAGGAGGACUAGCAAAUGUGGUGAAGGUGUUCAAGAUGCAACAAAUGGGUGAUGGACUGAGGCUUGAGAAACUGCGGGGAGGGGCGCAGGAGAGGCUCGUUCGCGGAAGGGAAGGCCAGGUUCCGCUUAUAGUCGAAGAUCAUCGGAGGAGAUCGUCACAAAGACCAUCAGCUCGUUACGAUAACAAUCAUCAUGCACAUCAUGUGGAACCAAAUCCAAAUGUAGCUGCAGAACCAGCUCCUACUCCUUACAAAGAUGUUCUUGUUGGUCAGACAAGUUGAAUGGUAUAUAACUUAAGGGCCAUACUUUGUGGUUUGUAAGCACCCAGUGUCAGUGAGUGAUAUUUUAUUAUUUUUCGCGUUAAGGAAGAACAGAAAGGAUUUGAAAAGCUUGAGUUGCAUACAAACAAACAGCUUCCGGAAGCCACGGCUGCGAGUAAAACGUUCAACGGUCACAACAAUUGGAGAAAGGAAUACGACCGACUUUUGCACGAUAAAGUAUUACGCCAAAUAACAUCACAGUUCGAAAUGGUUCGGUUUAGGUCUUAAACUAGUAGUACGAUUGAGGAUUUUCUUUUUUUUCUUUUGUGAUAUUUAAUCGUUAGAUUCUUUGGUUAAAUAUGCAAUGAUCAAGAUCCAACAGUUAAAGUUCUCGAUGUACUAAUAUUUCAAAGCAUCAUAACAUUUUCAGUACUUGUUUAGGGCAUGCUUACUUACCAUGAGAAUAAAUCGGGAUAUGAAGGAUUAGGCUA